AUGGUUGUAUUUCUACUUCUAUUAUUCUUAAUUCCUUAUGUAACCGCGCAACUAACAGUUGGUGGCUGGUUCUUCCCGGUAUCAGUAGCACCACCUGAUCCAAAAGAUAACACUGUAUACGAUGAGGAAAUUGCGUUUCCAGAAGCUGAAACUGUAAAUGUGACACAUCAAGAAAUCAAAAACGACAUGGAUCACACAUCAACUACCACUCAUGAUCCUCUUGAAAUUUCGAAAUCCAAACGAUUUCUUCCUGAUUCUGGUAUUCAAAACUCUAUGCCAUUACCUACUAAGUUCGGGGAUCUCUCAGUAAACGAGGAACCCGUUAUAACAAUGUCCAUGACACCGAUUCGAAGUUUAGUUCAGCCGGAAGAAAUAUCAGCAGACAUAACAAGGAACCUUAAAGCAGAACAGGCAAUGCUGGAAGUUAGUUCUACAACCGAACCGGUUACAACAACAAGGCUACCGUUUGUAUAUGAAAUCCCGAAAACAAAAGCGUUUGAUGAUUCUUUCUCAGCUGUUGAGAAAGAAAGGGAUAUGAUGAAAUUGAAAAGGGAUGUUUUCCGUUUACGCAACGAGAUGAAUCUGGUGAAGGCGCUAUUGAACAAAAUGUACAAGAGGAUGUACAGAAAACAGCAGGAUUUCCUGAUGAAGGUUUAA